CUCACAGUGGCUCUGAAAGCAGCCGGAGAGGCAGCUGAGGGAUCCUAGCUGAUCGGGAGUCCAGCCUCCCGAUUCCCACUGCUGCACCAUGAAAAUCCUCUUUUGUGACGUUCUGCUGCUCAGCCUGCUCUCCAGCGUGUUCAGCAGCUGUCCCAGGGACUGCCUCACCUGCCAGGAGAAGCUCCACCCAGCUCCAGACAGCUUCAACUUAAAGACGUGCAUCCUCCAGUGUGAAGAGAAGGUCUUCCCCCGCCCUCUCUGGACUGUAUGCACCAAAGUCAUGGCCAGUGGCUCCGGGCAGCUCAGCCCUGCUGACCCAGAGCUUGUGUCAGCUGCUCUUUACCAGCCAAAGGCCUCGGAGAUGCAGCACCUGAAGAGAAUGCCGCGUGUCCGGAGCUUGGUGCAAGUGCGAGAUGCAGAGCCUGGCGCAGAUGCUGAGCCUGGCGCAGAUGCUGAGCCUGGCGCAGAUGACGCUGAGGAGGUGGAGCAGAAGCAGCUGCAGAAAAGGUUUGGGGGCUUCACCGGGGCCCGGAAAUCAGCCCGGAAGUUGGCCAACCAGAAGCGGUUCAGUGAGUUUAUGAGGCAGUACCUGGUCCUGAGCAUGCAGUCAAGUCAACGCCGGCGCACCCUGCACCAGAAUGGUAAUGUGUAGCCAGAAGGAGCCCCUCCCAGCUGCACCGGCCACUGCAACCCAUGAGCAUCCAGGUGAUCCCCCGUACAGCAUGUGUCCACUCCAAGACCUGCAGGCCGGGAGUCAGGAUUCCUCCCUCCCCGAGGCACUGAGCACCCACAGCACCUCCCUGCCCGGUUGUUGCCCCUCCCUCAUGGCAUGUCUCACCAUGAUCCUGUUGCUACAUCAGAGUGUAUUUUUGUAAUUUCUCCAGCUAACAUUUUAAUGGCCCCAUCUUCUCACUCAUCUUCUGCCCUCUCAUAGGGCCAGGUGAGAGGAACAUGAAAUCAGACCUGGGGUUUUGCCUCUUCACUGCCAUAACUUGUUUGUAAAAGAGCUGUUCUUUUUGACUGAUCGUUUAAAACAACUUUCUCCAUUAAACUUCUACUGAGCAAAUGGUUAAUAAA